AUGGGCAGCCAAAAGCGAAUAGCCAAGGAACUCACAGAGCUCACCGAGUCUCCUCCUGAGGGUAUCUCCGUCGAGCUAGCAAAUGAGUCGAACCUCUACGAAUGGAAAGUCCUCAUGGACGGGCCUGAGGGUUCUCCUUUCUACAAAGGCAAAUUUCAACUCAAGCUCGUUCUCCCAACGGAAUACCCCUUCAAGCCACCGACCGUCUCCUUCGUGACCAAAAUCUACCACCCAAACGUAACAAACGAUGAUAAGGGGAGCAUGUGCCUGGGAAUGCUAAAAGCAGACGAGUGGAAACCUUCUUCGAGACUGGGAGCCGUACUACAGUUUGCCAGGUCGUUGUUGGAGGAGCCGAUGCCCGACGAUGCGGUUGAGGCGAGAAUUGCAGAGCAGUAUCGUGAUGAUCGCAAGCGCUAUGAGGAGAUUGCGCGGGAGUGGACAAGGAAGUAUGCGGCUGGAUCAUGA